ACUACAACUUCAGCUCCUACGACAACACCAACAACAGCAACUACAACAACUGUAGCUCCUACGACAACUGCAGCUCCUACAACAACUUUAGCGUCCACUUCAACCACAGCAGCUGCCUCUACGACAACGACUGCAGCUCUAACUACAACAACUGCUGCUCAAACGACCACUACAACUCCAGAGCCUAUUAUGACAACCAUUGCAGCUCCUGCUACAACUACAACUUCAGCUCCUACGACAACCACAACAACAGCAACUACAACAACUGUAGCUCCUACAACAACUUUAGCGUCCACUUCAACCACAGCAGCUGCCUCUACGACAACCACUGCAGCUCUAACUACAACAACUGCUGUUCUAACGACCACAGCGACUGCAGCACCUUCUACAACAACUACAACAGCAACACCUACAACAACUGUAGUUCCCACGACAACUGCAGCUCCUACAACAACUUUAUCAUCUACUUCAACCACAGUAGCUGCCUCUACGACAACCACUGCAGCUCUAACUACAACAACUGCGGCUCAAACGACCACUACAACUCCAGAACCUAUUACGACAACCACUGCAGCUCCUGCUACAACAACUACAACUUCAGCUCCUACGACAACACCAACAACAGCAACUACAACAACUAUAGCUCCUACGACAACUGCAGCUCCUACAACAACUUUAGCGUCCACUUCAACCACAGCAGCUGCCUCUACGACAACCACUGCAGCUCUAACUACAACAACUGCUGUUCCUACGACCACUGCAACUCCAGAACCUAUUACAACAACCAGUGCAGCUCCUACUACAACAACUGCUGUUCUAACGACCACAGUGACUGCAGCACCUUCUACAACAACUACAACUUCAGCGCCUACGACAACCACAACAGCAACACCUACAACAACUGUAGUUCCCACGACAACUGCAGCUCCUACAACAACUUUAUCAUAUACUUCAACCACAGCAGCUGCCUCUACGACAACCACUGCAGCUCUAACUACAACAACUGCUGCUCAAACGACCACUACAACUCCAGAGCCUAUUACGACAACCACUGCAGCUCCUGCUACAACUACAACUUCAGCUCCUACGACAACCACAACAACAGCAACUACAACAACUGUAGCUCCUACAACAACUUUAGCGUCCACUUCAACCACAGCAGCUGCCUCUACGACAACCACUGCAGCUCUAACUACA